AGCUCCUUCAGUUCUUUCAAGUUCAACUUCAGUCCCAUCAGCUUGGUGGAUGAGAUUCUAACAGGAGAGGAGUGGUCACCAUUCCUGUCCAUCAAGGACAUGCCCGCCCCCUCACCGUCCGUUUACCAAUCAGAGGCUGCUAGCCAACACGGUUGUGAUGAAGGCGACCAAUUAAAGACUGAACCAGAGUCGCGCCUCCCCAACGAUGUUCAACAGAACCACGAGGACAUAGGCCUUUCUUUAUAUGAGGAUGUUAGCUUCAUUCUAUCAGAUCCUAACGAGAUUGUGGACAACCAAUCAGACAACAGACAACAGGAAGUAAACAACAACAAUGACACUGGAGCUGAUGCCAUUGCUGUCAUCAAACCUAAGAUACUAUUGGACAAUGAUGCAGCGGAGGAGAGUGAGUUGGACCACUCCAGACCCAUAUGUAAGGACAUCUAUGACUCGGUUGAAUUACUUCAGUCCCCCAUAAGGACGCAAUCAAAGGACCUUCUUGACUUCUCCUAUGUUGAGUCACUUGGAGUUCUGGACAGUUCUGCUCAGAAACAUCGGAUUCAUCUGAACAAAAAGAGAAAGCACAGAGUUCCGGGGCUAAAGAAGAUAAAGCUCAUCAAGAUAGAACGCACUGCAAUCAAAGCCCCUGAAAUCAAAUUCCUCAAACCCUCUCCUCCUCUCACCCUCUCCCCCACAUCACUCCCUUCUUCCUCCUCUCCUCCCUCCCCUCUCUCUUCCUUCUCUCCCUCCUAUGUCUUUUCGUCCUCUGUUUUCUACAACAUCCCUCCGUCUGCUGAAAAACAGGACCCUGUGACAUCAACGACACAGAACAACCUCUCUGUUAAGUCACUUGGAGUUCUGGACAGUUCUGCUCAGAAACAUCGGAUUCAUCUGAGCAAAAAGAGAAAGCACAGACUUCCGGGGCUAAAGAAGAUAAAGCUCAUCAAGAUAGAACGCACUGCAAUCAAUGCCCCUGAAAUCAAAUUCCUCAAACCCUCUCCUCCUCCCACCCUCUCCCCCACAUCACUCCCUUCUUCCUCCUCUCCUUCCUCCCCUCUCUCUUCCUUCUCUCCCUCCUAUGUCUGUUCAUCCUCUGUUUUCUACAACAUCCCUCCGUCCGCUGAAAAACAGGACCCUGUGACAUCAACGACACAGGACAACCUCUCUGUUAAGACCACUGAAAGCAGCAGAAAGCCAGGUUCAAGUCCCAAGCCGCCUCUGUCCAAGUUCAUGACAGCCCUGAGAGACAAAACCAAGAGGAAGCUUAAAUAGUGAAGAGAACUUGGUCUUGGAGGAAGCUUAAAUAGUGAAGAGAACUAGGUCUUGGAGGAAGCUUAAAUAGUGAAGAGAACUAGGUCUUGGUGAUCCAAUAGAAACCCAUAGCUCCUUCUCCUAGCCCCUACCUGCACCCUACCCCUAGGCCCUAGCCACUACCCCUUUAGUGUUUACAGUUUUAGGUGUGUACGCGAUAACACUGCAGCUGCACAUAGUAAUGAAAUAGGCAGACAUAUCUUUGAUCAAAUGAUUAUCUUGCUAUAUUGAUUGUCUUACCAACACUUUUAAUCACAACUACAUUAUUUCUCUAACAUCAGUGUUAUCUGAAUGAGAUUCUGUAAGAUCUGAAUAAAUGGAUUCAUUUAAGCACAA